UCGACCGCCUGGGAGCGGGCUGGCAGCUCUCCCCGCUACAGCGCCUCGGCUUUUCCCUGGCCGCCUUCCUUGUUGAGCCCCGAUUCCCUCGGAGCCGGAGACACGCACCAGAGGCUCGAAGCGCCGCACUCCGGGGCGGGCGGCAGCUGCAGCGCUCGGGACCGCGCGGCCGGGUGCAACCUCUGUCGUCGCCGCCGCCGCCGCGCUUGUCACCGCGGAGCCAAGGCGGCUGGUGCAGAGCGGCAGCACCUCGCCCCGCACCCGCCGCCGCCCGGGCAGUGCGGGGCCGCGGCGCUCUGUGCGCAGCGGGAGUGCGGUCCCCCCCGAAGGCUCCCUGUCGCCUGCGUCCCAGCCAAGAAGGAAGGGAGAACAUUCACCACCACAACGUCUCAAAGGGAAUACAUUGCCAGCAUUUUGAAUACUUAUUUGGACAAACCUUUCUUCAAGGAGGACGCAGCCCUCUGCCCCCAUGUCGCCACCUUGGAAGGACUGACCAAAUCCAGCAGCCUGUGCCACUUCCCACCCACCAUGGGACCCGAGGGAAGCUUGCUGAGUGGGGGACAAAUGCAGAUCACCCUGUGGGGAAGCCUGGCAGCUGUGGUCACCUUCUUCCUCAUCACCUUCCUCAUCUUUCUGUGCUCCAGUUGUGACAGAGAAAAGAAGCCGAGACAGCACAGCGGAGACCAUGAGAACCUGAUGAACGUGCCUUCCGACAAGGAGAUGUUCAGCCGUUCAGUUACCAGCCUGGCCACAGACGCGCCUGCCAGCAGUGAACAGAACGGGGCACUCACCAACGGUGACAUUCUUUCAGAAGACAGCACCAUGACCUGCACGCAGCAUUACGAGGAAGUCCAGACCUCAGCUUCAGAUCUGCUGGACUCCCAGGACAGCACAGGGAAGCCAAAAUGUCAUCAGAGCCGGGAGUUGCCCAGAAUUCCUCCUGAGAGCGAAGUGGACACGAUGCUCAAUGGAGAAAGCGCGGACGGGGACCAGGGUCUGGGGAUGGAGGGGCCGUACGAAGUGCUCAAGGACAGUGCCUCACAAGAAAAUAUGGUGGAGGACUGCUUGUAUGAAACUGUGAAAGAAAUUAAGGAGGUGACGGCCGCCGCCCACUCAGCUGGAGGUCACAGCAGCAGGUCGAAGUCAACUUCCACUGUGAAAGAGCUUCCGGGGCCCCAGGCCAGUGGCAAAACAGACUUUGCCGAAUAUGCCUCCGUGGACAGAAACAGAAAGUGUCGACAAAGCGCUAAGGCAGAGAGUAUUCUUGGAAAUUCAUGGGAUCCAGAAGAGGAGGCGCCACCCCCUGUCCCCAUUAAACUUCUGGAUGAAAAUGAAAACCUUCAGGAACAGGCAGAGAGUAAAACAGGAGAAGAAGGGGCCGCCGAGGGGACCGGUGAAGCCAACAAGAGAUUUAGUUCGUUGUCAUACAAGUCCCGGGAAGAAGACCCAACUCUCACAGAAGAAGAGAUCUCGGCAAUGUAUUCAUCAGUACAUAAAAAAGGACAGCCAGGGAACAAAUCAGGACAGUCACUCAAAGCACCAGAGUCCACCUAUACCUCCAUCCAAGGAGCCGCUCUGAGGUCGCCCUCUUCCUGUAACGAUCUCUAUGCUACUCUUAAAGACUUGGAGAAAAUUCCCAACAGUGUCAGCACUCUUCCAGCAGCAGGGAGGCCCAACGGCGAGGAGCCCGAACCAGAUUACGAAGCAAUACAGACUCUAAACAGAGAGGAAGAGAAGGCUGCCCCGGAGACCAACAGCCACCACGGCCUUUUCCCAAAGGAGAAUGACUACGAGAGCAUCGGGGACCUGCAGCAAUGCCGAGACAUCACCAGGCUCUAGCAGCCCGGAAGACAACCCAGCUAGCAUAGGACCAGCCGGCAGGGCCAGUGCUGUUGCAGAACACAAGAAGCAGUGUCAGCCACACUGCAUAUGCUGCUUCCGGAAAAGGAAGAUGAUUGGAGAUGCUGAAACCGCUUCUCAGUUUGGAGAACAGUGAGGUACACACCCUACUGCCAGGGCACGGGCACACCCAAGCACACCUCCCUCAUAUACCCACACCCUCUGGAAGGAUCCCAGCUGUCAGUGGUCUCACCCUCUUUGUGAAGAAAGCCACACAGUAAGGAAGAAAAGCACUCAUCCGAAACCACCGCUCACCUGCCUGAAGCACUGCCACUCCCAGGGGCCGGGUUUCUCUCCCUCUCUCCCCUUUCUGCUGCCUGCUACUAACGGUAAAAUGAAUGGCUUUUUUCCCCUUGAAAUCUUCCGAUUUAUAAUGGUUCAUUCCAAGGAUAUUCUCCCACCAGCCUGGCCUUUGCCUUCAACGUGGGUGUUUUCGAUGGUAAGAAAUUGUGGUUGCUGCUUCCCUACCGCUCCCCAGCCCUCUUCAAGCAGCUGCCCCUGGGAACCGGGACCGGCCAGUGGAUAGGAUUGGAGAUGCCCCUUGAGCUUCUUAGCUCUUCAUUCCUUCUGAUUCGGGCAGUCCAUGUCAGCAGCCUCUCCCGAAGUACUUGAAGUCAUUGUUAGAUGCUUUAUUUUAUUUUUAUAGUCAAAAUGGUUUUUUCCCCAGUAUUUGAAACUCUUCAGAGCCUUCAGUGAAUAUCGUGGUACUUCCAUACUUCUUUUAGCCCAGAGCUCAUUCCUCCAAAACAGAGAGCCUUAAUCUCUAUGUUGGGACACAGACCACAUGUUUGGAUGGCAGCCACGGCUUCCAUUUCCCAAGGGCUGUGAACGUGAAUGUGUAUUUCUGAUGACCCCCACUGCCACACCAGCCGUGCGGGAUUUCAUACGUGAACUGCUCCCCUAAGUAUCACAGACCCGGCCUGGCAGCACGGAAACCGUUCCCCAGCACCUCCUGGCAUGAAGACAGCUCUGCCCAGCUCACGUUUGGGCUAUCUCGAUAAGGCACAGAUCCACCUGGGGAAGCAGAUGCUGGGUGCUAUUUGCCAUGAACUUUGCUAAACCAUGUACACUCUUGCCCACAUCUUUCGUGAGAAUGGUUGGCACUAAGGAGCCAUGGAGAAGAACUUUUUAAAAAUUCUGUUGAGGACUCAGACUCACAAAUGCAGAAAAAUGAGCGCUGUGCUCUAACCAGGUAAGCCCACAGGUCCCCUACAAGGUACUGAGAUUGGAGGGAAAUCCCUGGAACAGCAGACCAAUAGCUACCCAUAAAGUAGAAGGGCACUGAUUAUUUUGAGAGGGAAAAAACAAACAAACAAACAACUCUUUCCUGUAAGAAUUAAUCACUUCUAGAGUAAAUUAUGUGUAACAUUUCUUAGCCAUGUAGCUAUUGCACCCCAUCCCCUGAGAAACAGUGCUUAUGAGUUAUGUGAGUUAUAAGUAGUUUGAGCUCCUCUCCAGGUCUCAAGGAAAUGAGAACGUUCAAGCAUCUAACUCUGGAGUUACCAGAUGUUGAACAUAACUUGGCCAUUUAUAGGCAAAAUCCCUGAUGUUUGGUGAUGUUAGGUGAUCCAGUGGCUGAGGGUCUCACGUUCUGCACACCUGAGGAUCCAGGAUGUGUUUAGUUGUGAUUUUUUUAACCUUCACUCUCAUCAUAGCUUAUUUGAAUGGGUAUUCUAGAGUGUAAUAUUUUUUUCCAAAUUAACAGAACAGAUAUGUUCAUUCUCAUUAUACAUUUAAUUCUUAAAAGCCUAUCUAGUAUAUCAGUUAGGCACCCUUCACAGGACAGUUAAGGCUAAAACAGAGAGACCAGUCUUGUCCCCUGGAGCCUGCAUUUCAGAACCGACUUGUUGCAAUGUCUGGUUUUAUUUUGUUUUGUUUGUUUUUUUAACUCAACAAGUGGGAAACAAUGAGUGUAAACAAACUCUUUCCUUUUCCUUUUUUAAGCUUAAGGAGAAAAAGAAAUGUAAUUUUAGCUCCUCAUUUAGGUAGUAAAGGCUUCCCUGACAGACAGCAGUGCCUUUCCCUAGGCGAAGAGACUAGAACCAAAGGCCUGAGUCGGUCUUUGAACAUUCCUUUGACAAGUUUUUAUGUAUUUUUAAUGUCAAACCCAUAGAUGAACCUGACAGGAUGAUCAUGACCCAUCCAGUAAGUGUGCUUGCUUUUUUCGCAUUCAUCCUUUUAAAUAUAAGCUUCUCUGUCUUUCCUGAGCCGCGCUCGAAACUUAACUCCUGUGGGCGCCUCCACGGCUGCCUCCUGACGUCCUGGAGAUUUGGCGGCACCAUCAGCAGUGCUUUGCUCUCAGGGAGAAGCUCGCGGAACGUGUUGGGAAAGUUGAAUUUUACAUCCACGUCAACAGGCGUUUGAAAGAGUCCUGUAUGCCUCAGAUUUUUGACCCUUUUUAAAAUUUUUUCUUAUUUUUUUUCUGAGUACCAACUACAUAUUUGAUUCUCAGGGGGUGGGUAGGGCAGGAAUUAGAAGUAAAAUUUGAACUAAGUGAUGUGGGAAAGACUUCCUGCCCCUGUGUGUGUGACUCUGGAAAAUAUUUUAUUCCAGUGCCCUGCCUACCACUCUGAGUUUCUUGAGAAGCACACCAUAAAUGUAUAUAAGAUUGAGAAAGAAUAUCUCAAAGACUUAAAUUAUUGUUUAGGUAUUUUUUUCUUUGUAAACUCAGGAAUAAACCUGGUUUGUGCAUGGCAGAAUAUGGCUACCAAAGCUAUAAUUUCUAGGUAUCUAGGUGCAUUCUUUCAAAUAUAUUUCAUUCUAACUUUUUUAAAAACUGGGGAAAGAAACUCCUAGUAAUGAAAAAACAAAACCAACAAGAGACUUCCAUAAACUCUUUCUAGAAGAACAUAGUAUCAGUCUAACCUGUGCCCCAGAGUGUUUGUUUCUUGCCUAUAGUAUUUCAACAAUUUUUAUGGGAGAAAAAAAUGCACGUUUUUAUGUCUUGGAAAAAUGAACUGAAGUACUGAAUUAAAUUCUCAGAGGGGACAAUUUAGUUUAAAGAGAAGCAUUGGUUUUGGAGAUCAACUCAUGGCUCUGUGGUCCCUGUUCCAGCACUGACUUUACUGUGUGACCUUGAGCAAAUGAUUAACUACUCUGUGCCUCAGUUUCUCCAUAUACAAAAUGGGGAUAAUGAUACCAACCAUUGCCUACCUCAUAGGGAUGUUAUGGGGACAAAUGAGAUAAUAUAAAUAGAAAUGCUUUGAAUUCCGUAAGAAAGGUGCUAUAUAAGUUGAAAUUGUGUUGUUUUUAGUGAUCCAAUUAUUAAUUAUGUUUAGGGUUUAAAUAAUAGCAAUACUGUUAGUCAUGUUAAGAAUAAGUUUCAACUUGAUUCAUAUUUACAAUUCUCUUCUGUGGCCAGAUCUUGAUCAUUUAUCCAGUAAUGGUACCUAAGGAACUGAAAUGGAUAUUUGUUUUCUGUGUAUUUUUGCCCAUAGUAUUUCUAUGCUGAAUGUUCCCAAAAGGCUGGAGUUCAACUUGUCCUAUCUUAUAGUUUACAUGUAAUGAACCUUACUCAAGCUGUAUAUAAAAGUAUAAUUACAUGUAAAUAGCAGGUGCAUUGUAAUUAAAGGCACUUAUCAA